AAGUCCAACAGUCAGUUUUCUGCUACAUUUUACCGCAGUUUAGCAAUGUAUUCAAAACCAAAAUCUCCAUUACAAAUUUGGAACAAAUAAUACUUUUGUUUACAAAAUAAAAUAUAAACCAUCUUGUGGCAUAUCCAUUGUCGGAAUACGGAAAGCACGCUAAUUUUGUUUGAAAUCUCUUAUUGCCUGAUGAAAGUGUGUGAAGCACAGUAGUUUCAAGAAUGAAUAUUCCAUAUAAAUGUCAAUAAAGUGGCAAUACAACCAGCAUCAAUCAAGCAAAUUCAAUAGUUUUCUUUUUGGAGAAUGGAAGGAACUAGAAAAUUUCGGAGGAAUUCAAAUACAGAUUCCAGUAGUCCACGGUGUUUUACUCGUAAGACAUUGACAAGAGAUAGUCCACCAAGUCCCACCAAUGAACAACAGCAGAGAUCCAGAAAAGUAGAGAAGUCAAAACAGCCUGAUUCAACUCACAUUAUAGAUGAUCCAAACCUAUCUGAAGACGACUCACCACCACCUGAAGAAAUUAAGGAAUCUGUCAUUAAACAUUUACCCCCAGUGACAAACAAGUCUCAAUCAAAAGCACAGGAGGAUGUAUCACGGCCGAACUCUUUAAUCUCUUAUAAUUUUCUAGUUCUACUGGUAGUUUUUGGUAUUGCCUUAUUACCAGUUUAUUUCAGUGGUCAUAUAUUGGGCUUCUGGUAUUCUUACUCCAAUGCUGGAAAGGACAAGAUAUCAGCCCCAGUGUAUACUUCAAAUCAAGCAAUGGAAUUACUUGAUGAAAUGGAGAACUCUUUUCCAUUGCAAAAGAAAGAAACAUGGAUAGGUUUCCUUUCUGCACUCAGUAGUGUUAUAGAAGAGAAGCCAUCCCAACCAGCUGUUGUUCUUCUUGUUGGCGGAAACACCCCAGCUAUUACGCGUACCAUGCAGUGUGUUGCCUUAGCUUUGGCUACUAACACCAAUAAGCUACUUCGCACGACGAGCUCCACCGAUACCAAAUUCCCUGUAGUAACAGUCAAAGUUGAUGAAAUUAUCGAUGUCCGGCAACAGGAAGAAGCCAUCAAGCAAGAACUCGAUGUGCAAAUCCAUUCUAUCCUUAACCAGUCUUUUUCAGUUGUGCUUGGACCUUUGGAGAUGAUCCCACCGCGAGCAGCCUUACUGUUGCACGGCUACUGCGACAACUUCAUGGCUCCUUUCAAGAAAAGUGUAAUCAUCUUGACUGCUACCUUUGACUCUGAUAAGCCGCUCAAUCCAAAACAGGUUGAACGGAAACUUCACAACCUCUGGGAUCCUGCAUUAGGCCUAGACACAUCCGCUUCUAUUGUGUCAAGGGUAACCAACUACGUGGUUUUCAUCCAACCAGAAUCCGGCUCCACACAAUGUACUGACAUCGGUAGUGUUUAAUUAGUUGAAGAACAAUUUUGGGACAAUAAACAGUGUUAUAAAAAAAUA